GUGCGCGUGUAGCGUGCGUGCGUAUAUGUGUAAUACGUGUUUGCUUGUUGUUGCGUUGUUUCUUGUCUGCUGAAAAUCACCCAUUCAAUGAAUUGUUUAUUAUCAUAUUUACUACGUAGGACAGCAACAGCAAAACUUCACAUCAUUUCUCUUUAGUGAUUGCCUCUACAUAAACACACAUACACGCACACAGAGUAAGUGUAUAUAACGGCGGUGCAUUAGCAUGGCCGCAGCUCUGAGCUGAAACUAGUAGAAAAAAUAUAUACAUAUAUGUAUAUAUAUAUAUAUAGCCAGUCUUACAGCAACUAAACCUAACUACAUAACACUUGUUGAUGAAUGCCGAAGUGGUGGUGAUGGUAGCUUUAAUUAGAAAACAUAUUUGAAGAAUCCACAGGCUUCCCCAGUAAAUGUUGCGAAAACAAUAAAAUAAGCGAAAAGCGCGCGCGCACACACACACAUCUGUAUAUAUAAAUAUUAGUGAUGACGAUAAUACUUCGAUAGAAUUGCAAAAUUCUUUUGUAAAAAAAUAUUAAUGCAGUUUUUCCCUGUCCUUACGAGAAAUUAUUAAAUGUAGUACUGAUGCACAUGUUCCAGUAAAAAUCAAAACAAAACAAACGGAAAAAUACAAUCAACUCACUCCACACGCUAUAAAUAACCAACCCUUCCUUGCCAGCGGUAGAGAACCCCUUAAAACCCUCACUUUCUUCUUUCACAUGUCUUUGUCCUCCCGACUUCGACAAGAAAACAAAUACAGGGAAACUCGGAAAACAAAAUAAUAACGAUGAUACCAGUGCGUCUUUGGAUCAUGUUCCUGUUGGUUAUUCUGUACCAUGUAGUUGUACAUAGCAGCAAUGCCAGCUUGUCCUGCUAUGCUUGCUCUCACAAAUACAGUCGAACAAGAAACACAAAUUCCUGUGUGACUCAUCUGACAGAUGACUUUAUACAAACGUGUUCUGAAAAUCAGAAAUAUUGUCAGGUGAAAGCUGUUUUAACAUAUGGUGAUGUGAAAUCCAUACAAAGAGGCUGUGUCACCAGUUGCAAAACUAUUUGCAAGUAUAUCCUGUUUGGAAUUAGAAAGAAGAUCUGCACCAAAUGCUGUGAUAAAUAUUUAUGCAAUGAUGAUAUAGCUUCCCGUGCUGCAGUUAUGGACCCUAAACUCAUAGUUAUCCUCAUUUAUAUAACCACUAUUAUUAUUACUACUGCUGUUAUUCAACGGUGAAGUUGCGGCAAAAAUGGCAAACUUCCAGAUUAAAUAUCUUAAAGAAUUUACUCUUGUCUUUCUUUGUUCUGAGAUCAAUCCUACUCUUUAGGGGUCAACUUUGCCUGUCCCCUCUCUCCAGGCUUUUUGUUGGUCCUAGCGCAACCCUGGUAAAGCAGAGAUAUUACAAAAAACAGUUCCAGCAGUGACCAUCUAUAUCUCUAUUUUUUUUUUCAGAUGUAGUGUAUCUAGGAGUACUUUAACCAUUGUGUCUAUUCAUUUUUAAAAUAGUAGGGUGUGGUUUGAGGAAGAUUAAGCUGCUAUUUCUAACAAAUCAAUUGAUUGCUUAGAGGAUUUUUCAUUAGUUUAUUCUCCUCCAGGGUUGUUGUUGUUUCGCUUCAGCUCAAGCUUGAUAAAAAA